AUGGCUGAGAUAACGGAUUUCGGCCCAAGAAAGACGGUUUUUAUUCUAGCCAUUGUGGCUGGGUGCUUUGCGGUAUUAUGGCCGAAAAUUUUCUAUCCUAUGCUCACAGCAUCUGUCAAUCCACAUCACACGUCUGAUAGUUCUGCUUGCUGCGAUGUAAUAUUUGAAAGCGACGUCACUGCUGCAGACAUUAUGCAGGAAAUGUGUCAGAACAUAUUGAAGCAUCAUCAAGUUGAUCCACGAGUAAGAGAUGCAUUGAAAAUUAUAAAAUUGACACCUCAAAGUACAAGUUUAUGUAGAGAAGAAAUCUUAGCCAGAUGUGGUAUAGAUCUAUCUACAUUUCUUGCUGAUAGAGAACGCUUGGGAAAAAGUUAUAAACAAGUUUUGGAAGAAAUCAGAUCAUUUAAUAGUUCUCUUUGCCUUAAGAUGCAUUUUGGUAUACCCCUUUCUCAAUUAGGAACACCACACCUCAUCAGAUAUCAUAUUUUAAUGCCGCACAGCACAAUACGCCAAGAACGACGUACACCUCCUCAUGCUGGAGGCUUACAUCCUGCAUUGAGGGAACGAGGUAGAGCCAUACCUUCCUCUCAUAUUGUACCUAAAGUGACAGAUAGACCUGAUCAUGUGGUACCAAAACUGAGACCACCUUUGGGAGGUGCAGGUCAUGUUGUUUCUGCACCAAAAGGAAAUGGUACAAUGGGAAUCAUCAUGCCAUUAUAUACUUUAGGCAUUGUACUGUUUUUCUUGUAUACUAUUGUCAAGGUGCUGAAGAAGAAUUCGGAUAAUGAAAUCAUUUCAGAAUACCCUGGAGCUGCAGCAGAAAAAGAAUUUCGAAAAAUGGUAUUUAGUCCUGAACCCUUUGCUACUGCAAUGUCUGGUGGUACAGCAUGUAACUUACUUUUCCGCAAGGAAAGAUCACAAUCACCUAACAGACUUUCACCUACAGACAAGUUAAAGGAUCAAGCAGCAGGAGACAUAAAGAUAGAUCACCUGACACGACGUUUGGUCGAGACGGAAGCAGCCAUGGAAAGAAUUGUUGUCAAGAUAGACAACAUGUCACGAUCAGUUAUGCGUCCAAGCUCACAACAAGAAUUCAAGGAAAUGAGGGAUACUACUUGUCUAACACCCACUGCAAACAGCGUGAGAGGCGCCUCCGAUGAACAGGCCAGACCUAUCUAUUUAGAAGGCGCGUUACCUCCACAGUGUGAAUUACUUGUAACAGAUUCAGAAACACAAGCACAAAAAAUAGAGGAGGAUGCAGAAGCACCUGUUGUACUCUCAGGCAAAAUGACCCUUUCCCUCAUCAGUCUCGACCAAACUGCAGCUGAAUCCGAAGAAGAGAAUCAAGAAAUAAGGAAAGUAGAGGAUGUAACAGUUCUAAAUACAAAUGAUACGGAAAAAUCGUCGAAGAUUGGUGGUUCACUUGCAGACAUAGAACAUGAAGAAACACAAGUUACUUGUACAGUUGACGAUGAGGAGAACGAAGAUCGACUAAAAGACGAGAAUGAAGCGAAAGGGGUGAAACAUGAAAUGGAGGAUGACGAAGAUGAAGACGAUGAAAUUAAUGAAGAAAGUGGGGUUGAGGAGGAAGAGGAAGAAGAAGAGGAGGAGGAGGUGGAGGAGGAGGAGGAGGAGGAGGAGGAGGAGGAGGAAGAUGAAGACGAGGGCGACGAUAAUGAUAAUGAUGAAAGAAAAGAAAAUGUGAAUUUAAAUUACAACCAAAGAGAGGAGCAAGAAAAUGAUGCCGAAAAAGAAGUAGAAGGUGAAGAAGAAUACGAAGAAGAAGUUUUUGAGGAGGAAGAAGUAGAGGACGAUGACAAUGACGAAACCGAAGAUGGUGAAGACGAACAAGAAAAAGAUGCCGAUGCGGAUGAAAAAGAAGAGCUAAAUGAAAGUGAAAGAAGUGCAGAAGAAACGGGGGACGAAGAGGUAGAUAAGAAGGAAAAGGGUGGAAGAAGUUUAUAAGAAACUAGAAAAUUGUUGCACUAACAAUUUCGAAUUGAUAAUUGACGUUUACGAAGUGGAAAGGAAAACAAAACAGAUGAUUCUAAGUGAAAUAAGAGAGAAAUAGAUAAUUACCACGGUGGUGGUAGAACAACGAAAUGAAUCAAAGUUUAAACAUUAACAAGGAAAGUGAGAUAAAAAAGGGUGACAAUGGGUGGCCUUGUAGUGGAAAGACGAUUCAGAAGAAAACGAACCUAAAGUAAUAGAGAAAUAAUUGAUUAUAUCAGUGUUUACCAAUCUUUCCGAAUGACGUGUUGCAGUAAAAAAAAAUAAUAAAACAGUUUGACAAAUGUAACGACAGCCGAUAAAAGUGUUGGUCAAUCAUCGCCAAGAAGAACCUAAUAAGUUCAGAAGACUCGAAUUUAUCGCAUGCUUAAAUUAUUGUCUGCUGUAUCCUGUAUUUCAUAAUAUCAGAAAUUUGUUAAUCAAAGGGGCCAAGUAAGAGGUAGUGCUUCAUCUACAUGUUCGAUACUGUUAUUAC